CGUUUUUUACGAGUGAUUUCAGUUCAAUUACGAUUUCAGUUCAAUUAAGUGAUCAUUGAUGAUGUUGAUGUUAUGUUAGAGUUAAUGUUAGUGUCACUGUUAGUACUCCCUCUGCAGUACAUGAUGACAGUGUAGUGCGUGCCUAGCAUAAACAAAAAAACAUAAAAACAACAGCAAAUGUUUUAUGUUGUUCCACAAGGCACAACGAUUUCUAAUCAUUUGCAUUGCAAGGGCGUAAAUCGUAAGGCUAAGUUUGACCGAGUCGGCGAACAUGGUCGAUGUCGUCCGUCAUCAUGGCAACCGCACCUGCCGGCCGUCCUGACCGGCAGGAUGCCAUCUCGCCUCGUCCGCCUGCUGCUGCCGCUGCGCUGUCGCGGUCACGGCAGCGACCAGGGAAGCGGACAGAGGAUGGACAUGCUGAGCGGCAUUCGCGUGGCAAUGCUGCUCCUCACCAUGGCAACGAUGGUGUUCGUGCUAACCCACAUCCUUCUAUACUCAGACUCGCUGUCUCCCGUCGCCGUGGAACGCGGCGGCGGGGGCGAAGCGGACUAUGGCUUCGUCGAUAGGAAGCAGCACACCGGUUCUACCGUGAGAUUAUUUCAGCGCGUUUGCCGGGCUGAUCGACGUAGUUUAGUUCGGCUCAUCAGGGUUGAUACCAAUGAAUCUCCAAGUAUUAGUAGUAUUAUCCGUGAUAAUCCGCACCUCCAGCCAGGUGGUAAAUAUGUGCCAACUGGCUGUCGCUCACAGCAAAAGGUUGCCAUAAUUAUACCGUAUCGAGAUAGGUGGCAGCACCUGCGUCUGCUGUUGAAGCACCUACACCCGAUGCUUCAGCAUCAAAUGGUUGAUUAUAGGAUUUUUGUCGUUGAGCAGGCUGGACAGAAUAUCUUCAACAAGGGCCUAAUCAUGAACAUCGCGUUUGACGUAGCGACGAAGUUGGAGGAUUUCGACUGCUUUGUUUACCACGACGUCGACCUAAUACCCGAAUCAGAGUUGAACCUCUAUAUGUGUAAUAGUCAGGCCAGGCACUUGUCGCCUGGGGUCGACCAGAUGAGAUAUGUACUGAUGUACAACAGAUUAGCCGGCGGGGUUUUAGCCCUGAGACGGUCUCAAAACAUACAAGUGAACGGCUUUUCGAACAUUUAUUGGGGCUGGGGAGCGGAAGACGACGACAUGUCGCGAAGGAUUUGGAUUCGGGCUGUUGAUAACGAGACCGCCCAAUCACAUCGGACGUUACAAAAUGAUCAGUCAUCAGAAAAGAGAGGCGGCGACAAACAGGAUGGAUCUGCUGAGUAAAUGGCGACGCUGGCGGAAAGACGGCAUCACACACUGAAGAAUCUGAACUACAGCGUCGUCGCGGUCGCGCCGAGCAACCGCUGUACACAAACAUCACCGUCGACAUCGGACCGCCGCCGCUGUCGCACCCAGAGCUGGCAAGCGUAGCCAGCGCAAAGUGGUACUGGGUGUGACGCGUAGGCACCAGCGGCAAAUGCUGGGCAGAGCUGGGCUAGAGCCUGAGCCAGGGGCAGAGCUGGGCUAGAGCAGAGCAGGGGCAGAGCUGGGCUGGAGCCAGAGCAGGGCGAGCUGGGCUAGAGGCAAGAGCCAGGGGCAGAGCUGGGCUAGAGCCAGAGCCAGGGGCAGAGCUGGGCUAGAGCCAGAGCCAGGGGCAGAGCUGGCGAGCGUCACUAGUGCAAAGUGUGCUGGGUGUGAUGUGCGCGCGCCAAUAGCAAAAAUUUUGUUAUCGGAAACAAAAUUUUAGUCUUAAUGUUUUAAAUUUAAUGUCCU